AUCCCUUUCCGGGCGGAAACAAACGCCCAACGUUAGAGGCUUAAAACAGGUGUGAAUUAUUUUUUAAGGCAGUACAUUGCCCUCCUAGACUUAAACACUGGAUAAAACCCGAGAGAGACGCAUCGAAGACCUACGGAGCUCCUGACCUAACUGUUCCCUUCGUUAUAACGAAUCGGCGUCAAAGGGUCUGCGGGCUGCUUGACAACGCUGCUCCCACGUGUUCUUUGCCAUCCAGCGGCUGCGCCGCUCGCCGUGACCCCGACCCUCUGCCCCUGGACUCGACUGGCAGCGCAGCCCCCCCAGCCUCGUACUGUUGUCGGAAGCGAGAGCCUGUGCUUAAAUAAGAAAUCAGGCCUCACUGGAGUCAUUCAAGCAAAAGUUGGACAACUACUUUUCCAGAACAGAAAGGAAACUCAUGCAUCAAAAAAGGUGACUAAUAAACAUACCGAAAGAAUAUGGCUGCACAAAUGCCAGAAACUGAUCAGAUAAAACAGUUUAAAGAAUUUCUUGGAACCUACAAUAAACUUACAGAAACCUGUUUUUUGGACUGUGUUAAAGACUUCACAACAAGAGAAGUAAAACCUGAAGAGACCACCUGUUCAGAACAUUGCUUACAGAAAUAUUUAAAAAUGACUCAAAGAAUAUCCAUGAGGUUUCAGGAAUAUCAUAUUCAGCAAAACGAAGCCCUGGCAGCCAAAGCAGGACUCCUCAGUCAGCCACGGUAGAGCCCUGAAGGACAGACUGUCCAUCGAAGCCUGCCAACACUGCUGCUCUGGAAAUGAGGACUCAUCUGACAGAAUCCCCUGAAAGCAGCGGCCACCAUGUUAACCAUCUGUCAUGACUGUCUGGCAAAUGGAAACCACUGGAGAAACAAAAUUGCUAUUUACCAGGGAUAAUCAAAAUAGAAGGUUCAAAGAAAAUAGAAAGAUGCAACCUUUGUUGAGGCCUUAUUAUUCAGGAGCUUAGUCACUUGAUUAGAAAAAUAAACCAAUGUUUCUUCAGUUGUGACUAUUAAUUUUAAAGCAAAAUAUGUGUUCAAUCAUGAAUGAGAUAGAGAAAUUUUUUAUUACUAAAAGUAAAAUAAAUGGAAGUGUCACUGGGCAGUUGUUUUUACUGUAUAGAACCAUAUUAUUCUGACUGGACUGUGGAUACGUUGAAAUGUUUCUCAAUCAGGAUCAUCCUCCAAGUAUUCCUGUUCAUUCAUGUCUGCCUCAAAUUGCUGGUGAACACAUAAAAUGGUUACUUGCUAAUCAUUUCAAUGCACGAUCCUUUUCUUGCCUCACUUCUUGUGUCAGGGUGGGCAUUACACAUUCUUAUUCUAGCUGCAUUUUCACACAUAUCCUCAGGAAACAACCCACCUGAGACUAGCUUGGGGAUGUUUGAGAGCUGGCUGUGAGGCUCUAGCGGAGUCUGUGUUUGUGAAAAGAUGAGAACGUGAAUGACUGAGCCAGACCGACAACAGCAUAGUCUCAGCCCUGGCAUGCAAUCAGUGCAAUAAAAAGGGAUCCAAAGUUAAAGUAGUGUCUUGUGGCUGAGUGAGUCCUAAAACAAGCAUUUUUAGGAAAUCCUAAUUGAUGCGUAAGCAUAACAAGCAGCUUAGUAAAUGUAAGUGGAUUAAUACCUAUUAAUAACUGCUUAUGAAUGGAUUUCAUAUGAUAACAAACUCAAGUUGUACUUAAGAAAACACUAAUUAGCCUGUAUGUUUAAAUUUCCAAAGUGAUACCUAUGUUUUGUCAUACUAACACAAAGUAGAAGUGUUGUUCUGCUUUGAUAAUUUACUGUUUUCUAUGCUACAUCUAAUUUUUAAGCCAUUAGGUCAUUUAAGUAACAAUGCCACUUAAAAGGCCUCCAUUGACAUGACAGUCAGCCAAUAACUGUGGCAUCUUUUUAAAGUGCAAAGACAAAAUAUUAACAAUGCUAUCUUUAAAACUGAAAUGCUGAAACCUGUAUAAUACUCUACAAAAUGUCCAAUACAUUAUAGUCAAAGAAACAGGAAAGUAUUGACUUGUUUCACCUUAAGGCAAGAAAAGCAAUAAAAAAAAUAAGAGAUUUGGCUCAUUUAAAACUUUGGGCCAUU